GCAGUGGUUGAACACUAAACCAGACUACAGGCUGUUUCAGAAGACACACAAGUUACAGAAUGAAGGGGAUAACAUUCCUGCUGCUGGCACUUAGCUGUGGUUUGACCCAGGCUCAGAUGGGACACCCUAACUAUCCUGACAACUGCAAUCUGAUAAAAGACUUGGCAGCUACGGUUGAGAGACUGGCCACCGUGACAGAGAAGAUGGGGCUGAUGGAGACCAGGCUACAGACCACGGAGAGAGAGUUGGAGGAGCUGAAGAAAGCUACUUCGGGCAAGCCUCAGGUAGCUUUCUCAGCCACACUCAGAGUUUCAGGCCACGGUGACACUGGACCCUUCAAUGUUGACACACCUCUGCAGUACAAGAAUGUCUUCUCAAAUGUGGGCAACAGCUACAACCCUGCCACAGGGAUCUUCACAGCCAGUGUGAAGGGGAUGUACUACUUCCGGUUUUCCAUGAUGAACAACCAGGGUUCCCCGCCUAACUCUGGGGUGUCCCUGAUGAAAAAUGACCAGAGGUUGGUAUCUGUGUGGGACACCGAAGGGUCUGAUUCCCAUGACAGUGGCAGCAACGCAGCAGUCAUUCCUCUGGAGGUGGGGGACAAUGUUUACAUCAAACUGGUCGCCAACAGACUCAUAUAUGAAGAUAAUAUGAACUACAACACCUUCAGUGGCUUCCUGCUCUUUAACAUGUAAAGCAAACACUGAAAAAAAGCUAAAACUGAAAAAUAGCUAAACUGAAUGAAUGACUUUAGUACACAUCAGGUUAGUAGUCAGUAAUGUGUGCAGCUAACAACACAGUGAUGUUAAACCUACUGUGAUCCAACUGAAUUUUAGUCAUUCUUAACAUCACCAUCUCCAUAAUCCCCAAAUAACACAGAUGUUUGGCAGAAACAGAUGGUCAUUUAUUUCCAGUUGAACAACAUUAUAUGCCGCUAACAAAAUCAAAAUGUACACCAUUAUUAACCUUUUUAAUGCAUGCAAAAAAAUUGUGGGAUUGUUAAUCCCAUUUGUUUGUGCCAGAGCAGAAAUGUGCAACAGAACAAUAAAGACACUUUUUGAA